UGAGGCUGGGGGAUGGGUGAAAACGAAGGAAGGAUCGAUCACCAGGAUGGCUGAGGCUGCUUGUGUUGGGGUUGGUUUUUAGUUGUGUUGAUUAUUUUAGUUGAAUUGGAAAUAAUGAAGGAUGUGCGCGCACAUGGGUGGGUUGGCAAUGGGCCAAUGGCAUGGCAGAUGAACCUACCAACCAAACCAACCAAGCUCAAUCACAUUAUAGCGUCCGUUGAGCCAACUUAAUGAUGGUGGACCUUAAUUUGCCAGCGGCCCCUGUAUAUGUAUAUAUAUACACAAUUCAUUCAUUGCCUUGCUUCAGUCAGAGCUGGAGAUAGACGCAUACAGAAGAAAUGGACCAAAACCAAAAGCAGCUAGCCUCCCCACAUCUUUCAUGGAGCCUCCGCCUCUUCAUGUCCUCCUUUUCCUUCGCCGUAGACGCCUCUCGCCGCUCAAACGGCACUCUCAACCGUUGUUUCAUCAACCUCCUGGACUUCAAAUCCCCUCCUCUAACGAAACCUCACAAAAACCUCAAAAGCUCUGACGUCAUCGUCGACUCGUCCCGCAACCUCUGGUUCCGCCUCUACACUCCCACCGCCUCCCAAUCCGCCACCACCCUUCCCGUCAUCGUCUUCUUCCACGGCGGAGGGUUUGCGUUCAUGGCCGCCAACUCAAAACCUUACGACGACUUCUGCCAGAAGCUCGCUCGCGAACUCCCAGCCGUCGUGGUCUCUGUCAACUACCGCCCCACUCCUGAGCAUCGGUAUCCGUGCCAAUACGACGACGCACUCGACGUCUUGAAAUUCAUGGAGAACGACGGCCACUACUUUGAGGGCGCGAAUCUCAAACAAUGCUUCCUCGCGGGAGACAGCGCGGGUGGAAACAUAGCGCACCACGUGGCGCUCAGAUAUAGCGGACACGUGUUCCAGAAUCUGAAGGUUGUUGGGAUCUUGUCGAUCCAGCCGUUUUUCGGAGGAGAGGAACGGACGGAACCCGAAAGGAGGCUGGUGGGAGUGCCGAUAGUGAAUUUGGAGCGGACGGACUGGAUGUGGAGGGCGUUUUUGCCGGAAGGGUCGGAUCGGGAUCACCCGGCGGCGAACGUGUUCGGACCCAAAUCGGAGGAUAUAUCGGGGUCGGAUUAUCCGGCGACGAUUGUGUUCGUGGGAGGAUUUGAUCCGCUGCAAGAGUGGCAGAAGAGAUACUACGAGGGGUUGAAGAAAAGCGGGAAAGAAGCUGAGCUGGUGUAUUAUCCGAACGCCAUUCAUACUUUCUAUGGUCAUCCGGAGUUAGAAGAGCGUGCUGCUUUUUUUAACAAAGUCAAAGAUUUCGUGCAAUUGCAAAUAGCUCUCUCAUAGAAAACCUUUCAUCUCAUUGGCGGUCUGUAAAAGCCUUUCACUCAUUCACGUCACGUAAUAAAAAAGAUAGACACAUAACUACAGUUAAGGAAAGUCUC